UACCUGCUCUCUAUUUUGACUGAUGUUUAUCAGUUUUUGUUUAUAUUUUUGCAGUUUUGAAGAUAUUUUGUAAUGUUACUAAUAUUAGCUUCAAAUGAAUAUCUGGCUAAAUUACCUCAUCUUAGUGCGACAUUUACGUAGUAAAUAGACACUAUUUUUGUUUGGUGAAUGGUACAUUUAAGAAGUCUAAAUAACAAAUAGGAAUAAUGGUUGAAAUUGGUUCUUCGAGUCUUCUGCAUCUUGGGGACAUUGUUUCCUUGUACGCAGAAGGAAAUGUUUGCGGUUUCUUAAGCACUUUAGGUUUAGUUGAUGAUAGAUGCGUUGUUUGUCCGGAAGCAGGAGAUUUGAAUAAUCCGCCUAAGAAAUUUCGAGAUUGCCAAUUUAAAAUAUGCCCUAUGAACCGGUAUUCCGCUCAAAAACAGUUUUGGAAAGCUGCAAAACAAAGUAUGGGUUCAAAUACAGAUACAAACUUAUUAAAACGUUUACACCACGCGGCGGAAAUAGAAAAGAAACAGAACGAAGGUGAAAAUAAGAAACUACUGGGAUCAAAUGUGCAAUAUGGAAGUGUUGUUCAGCUUCUACACUUAAAGUCAAACAAGUACUUAACGGUAAAUAAACGUUUGCCGGCUUUGUUGGAGAAAAAUGCAAUGAGAGUAUAUUUAGAUGGAAAUGGAAACGAAGGUUCCUGGUUUUACAUAAUGCCAUUUUAUAAAUUGCGGUCCACCGGUGAUAAUAUCGUCUUGGGAGAUAAGGUCAUACUAAAUCCGGUUAAUGCCGGACAGCAGGUUUUGCACGUUGCUGCAAAUCACGAACUUCUUGAUAAUCCCGGUUGUAAAGAGGUAAAUGUUGUGAACGGUAGUACGUCCUGGAAAGUGACGUUAUUUAUGGAACAUCGUGAGAAUGCGGAAGAUGUACUGAAGGGUGGGGAUGUGGUACGAUUGUUUCACGCCGAGCAAGAGAAGUUUUUAACAAUGGACGAAUAUAAGAAAACCCAUCACGUUUUUUUGCGCACGACUGGGAGAACCAGCGCAACUGCGGCGACCAGCAGUAAAGCGUUGUGGGAAAUAGAAGUUGUCCAACACGAUCCGUGCCGAGGUGGUGCGGGACAUUGGAAUUCGAUAUUCCGUUUUAAACAUCUCGCAACCGGACGCUAUCUAGCAGCAGAUGUAGAUUCUGAUCAGACGAUGGAUCAAAUGCGUGCCAAGCUUAGGAUCGAAGGAUCAGGAGAUACAAAUAUGUAUCACUUAGUGCCUGUCGCUUAUUCUAACGAAAUUGCUUCUUUGUUUGAACUGGAUCCUACCACUUUGACCAGAGCCGAUUCCUAUGUUCCUCAAUCUAGUUACGUACGUUUACAUCAUUUAUUUACUAAUUCCUGGGUACAUUCCACAUCGAUUCCUAUUGAUAAAGACGAAGACAAACCUGUUAUGUCCAAAGUUGGUUGUGCGCCAAUCAAAGAAGACAAAGAAGCCUUUGCCAUUAUAUCUGUGUCGCCAGUGGAAGUUAGGGACUUAGAUUUCGCAAAUGACGCUUGUAAGGUUCUUUCUGCAUUAUCAUCAACAUUAGAACGCGGUACUAUAUCUCACAACGAAAGAAGAGCAGUCACAACCCUCCUGCAGGAUAUAGUUUAUUUUGUUGCCGAAUUAGAGAACGAGCAAAAUAAGACGGAAGCCCUAGAACUUGUAGUUACUAAUCCAAAUCGUGAUCGUCAAAAAUUACUUAGGGAGCAAGCUAUUUUGAAGCAACUUUUUCGAAUAUUGCAGGGACCAUUUAUCGAUUCACCAAAUGGGGAGCCACCAUUUUUAAAAAUAGAAGAGUUGAAUGACCCGAAACACGCCCCCUAUAAAUACAUAUUUCGCCUUUGUUACCGUAUACUACGUUUAAGCCAACAAGAUUACCGUAAAAAUCAGGAAUACAUCGCGAAACACUUCGGGUUUAUGCAAAAACAAAUUGGUUAUGACAUCUUAGCUGAGGACACUAUUACGGCGUUACUGCAUAACAAUCGUAAACUAUUAGAGAAACACAUAACUGCCGCUGAGAUUGAAACAUUUGUCGGGUUGGUGCGGAAGAAUAUGUUCAAUUGGGAAUCUCGAUUUUUGGAUUAUUUAUCCGACUUAUGCAUCUCGAAUAAAAAGGCGAUCCCUGUUACGCAAGAAUUGAUAUGUAAGAGCGUUCUUAGUCAAAAGAACUCUGAUAUUUUGCUAGAGACUCGUAUGAUGAGAACACAAGUCGAGGUGCAGGAAAUUCAGGAGGAUGGCAUGCUAGAGAGCGAGGAUGGGGAGAUGGAACCUUUGGUAACUUUGGUCGAGGAGCAGCAAAUUAUUUUACUGUGGAAGAAUCGACAAAAGUCGAGGGCACUGGUAGAGUUGUGCCAGGGCGCCAAGAUGGGCAGUCGCGAUGAUCAAGCGAUUUUGGAUUAUUACAGACAUCAGUUGGAUCUGUUCUCUAAUAUGUGCUUAAAUCGACAAUAUCUGGCCUUAAAUAAUUUAUCGCCCCAUCUUGAUAUAGAUCUGAUUUUAAAAUGUAUGGCGGAUGAGACUGUUAAUUAUGAUCUGAGAGCGUCGUUUUGCCGAUUAAUGCUGCAUCUUCAUGUUGACAGAGAUCCUCAAGAACCCGUUACACCUGUGAAGUAUGCGAGAUUAUGGUCUGAAAUUCCUUCGAAGAUGUCAAUUCAUGAUUAUGACAGUAAUAAAACUCCAGAUCCUAACAAGGAGGUAGUGAGGUCAAGGUUUUGUUCUACGAUCGCGUUCGUCGAAGAUUACCUGUGCAACGUUGUAGCAAAAAUGUGGUCUUUUGGUGAUCAAGAACAAAACAGAUUGACUUUUGAGGUGGUGAAAUUAGCGCGGGAAUUGAUCUAUUUUGGAUUUUAUAGUUUCUCUGAUCUGCUUCGAUUAACAAAAACGUUGCUUAGUAUACUUGAUUGCAUUUCGGAGAACGACUAUAUGCAUGGAAGGGUUCCCACUGGCGAUAUCGAUUCGGAGGAAUCAUCUGUAACUGAGGAGAGAGCUGAAGGGGGAGUGUUACGAUCUAUAGGUGAUAUGGGAGCUGUGAUGACUUCAUUGACUCUUGGUCCUGUCGGUCGUGGUGUUGUGACUCCCACUAGUAGUCAAGUGAAAGGUUCACAAUUUUUGAAGGAAUACCCCUUGGUAAUGGAUACCAAAUUAAAAAUAAUAGAAAUAUUACAGUUUAUAUUAGAUGUGAGAUUGGAUUAUCGCAUAAGUUGCCUUUUGAGUAUCUUCAAGCAAGAAUUCGAUGAAGCCGAAAAACACACCAUAGAUCCUCUAACUCAUAGGCACAAAAACAUUGACUUUGAUAUGAUCGGUAGUCAAGCCGAGGGUAUAUUCGGCAGUAGCGAGGAAUGUGCAGUCCUAGAUCUUGACGGACACGGUGGACGAACAUUCUUACGUGUGUUGCUGCAUCUUACAAUGCAUGACUAUCCAUCCUUGGUGUCGGGGGCGCUUCAUCUACUCUUCCGCCAUUUCAGUCAACGUCAAGAAGUAUUACAGGCAUUUCGACAGGUUCAACUAUUGGUGUCUGAUAGCGAUGUUGAAUCGUACAAACAAAUUAAGGCUGACUUGGACGUUUUACGCCAAUCAGUAGAAAAGUCUGAAUUGUGGGUUUACAAGUCAAAAUCCUUGGACGAUCAUCCACCGUCAGGAAAGAAGGGAAAGGAUGAAGACGAUGAGAGCGCUCCCCGCAAACCGCUUUUAAGUAGCAUCGACAAAAAGGGGUCGGCAAUCAAUUUGGACGUCGGGCCACCUUUACAUCCCGAACAGGCCGACGAAUAUAGGAAAAUUCAACAAAUUUUAAUACGGAUGAACAAAUUGUGUAUUCAGGGAUCGCCGGCAACCCUAAUAAAGCCAAAGAAGCACGAGCAGCGUUUGCUGCGCAACGUCGGAGUACACACUGUCGUUUUAGAUUUAUUGCAAAUUCCCUAUGACGAAAAGGAAGAUGUUCGAAUGAACGAGCUGAUGAGAUUGGCUCACGAAUUCUUGCAGAAUUUCUGUCUGGGAAACCAACAAAAUCAGGUGUUGCUGUUUAAACAUUUAGAUCUCUUCUUAAAUCCAGGGAUCCGGGAAGCACAAACCGUUUGCUCGAUAUUUCAAGAUAACUCGACAUUAUGUAAUGAAGUCAACGAAAAAGUUAUCCAACAUUUUGUUCACUGCAUCGAAAGCCAUGGUCGACAUGUUCAGUACCUGAAAUUUUUACAAACCGUUGUGAAGGCGGAAAAUCAAUUUAUAAGAAAAAGUCAAGAUAUGGUUAUGCAGGAGUUGAUUAAUGCAGGUGAAGAUGUCUUGGUAUUUUACAAUGACAAAGCGUCUUUUAAUCACUUUAUUGAAAUGAUGAAAUCCGAAAGGCAUUGCAUGGACGAGAGUAGCUCACUUCGUUAUCACGUGGAACUGGUGAAACUUCUAGCUUGCUGUACCAUGGGAAAGAACGUCUAUACUGAAAUAAAAUGCCACAGUCUGUUACCAUUGGACGAUAUAGUUGCGAUGGUAACACAUCCAGAUUGUAUUCCUGAAGUUAAGGAAGCGUAUGUCGGAUUUUUGAACCAUUGCUAUAUUGACACCGAAGUCGAAAUGAAAGAAAUUUACACUUCUAAUCAUAUGUGGAGUUUAUUCGACAAGUCAUUUUUAGUUGAUAUGGCAGAUAUUGCAACUGCGCCGGCAGAUAGAACGAAUUCCGAUAAGGCAUUGGAAUACUACGUAACUAAUGGGGUUAUGAAUAUUAUUUCCACGUUCUUUAGUAGCCCUUUUUCUGAUCAAAGCACCACCGUCCAGAAACAUCUGCAUGAAGCCCGUAUGUAUUGGAGCGACGCUACUGCGGAUGUCGAUGAUUCCAUCGCGGUAACCCCGCCCAUGAAAUUUUCAACGGUGUCGGGUAAUGUAACCAGACAACCGAUAUUUGUGAAAUUAUUGCAAUCUGCUUUUCGAGUAUCGCAGUGUGACUGGUUGACACCUCCCCAGCGGUUUAACGUUGAGAACUGCAUUCGUACACUAUCCGAAGUGGCAAAGAAUCGAGGGAUUGCUAUACCUUUGGAUUUGGAAAGUCAGGUGAACGCGAUGUUUAAUAAGGCCACAAUUUUGACUAGACAGACCAGUAAGUGGCUACAGGCGGCGAAGACACCCAAAAUAGAGCGGUCCCAAUCUCAAUUAAUUCGUCUAGAUAGGAGUAUAAUCGAAGGUUUACAAGAUAUAGUGUCUCUUUUAGAGGACCAACUGAAACCGUUAGUUCAAUCUGAGCUAUCUUUGUUAGUCGAUGUUUUAUACCGUCCAGAGUUGUUAUUUCCUCCCGGAACUGAGUCUCGAAAGAAAUGCGAGAGUGGCGGUUUCAUAAGAAGACUAAUAAAGCACACAGAAACAUUACUGGAAGAGAAGGAAGAGAAAUUGUGUGUAAAAGUCCUUCGUAUCCUGCGAGAAAUGAUGGCCAUUGAUCCCGAGUAUGGCGAAAAGAUUGAGGAAAGGGCUAAAAAUGUUCCGGGCGACGCUUUGCGCAACAGUCUACUGGCGCGUUACUUCGGAAAAGCGUUCAUUCAAAAACCCGACACUGUGGAGUUGUGCGGUAUCCAAUUAACUACUGUAAUGCACGGGCCCGGCGCAAAAUUAUUGAGCCGGGCCGGUCGUACUUUGCACGAGGUGCAAACGCACUUGGAUAAGGAAGGAGCCUCAGACUUGGUAGUGGAAUUGGUGAUUAACUCUGUUCAUUCACCAUCAAUAUUUGGUGAAGCUGUUCAUUUGGGAAUAGCGUUAUUAGAAGGUGGUAAUCCAAUCAUACAAAAAAGUAUGUUUAGUAAAUUAGUGGGUGGUGAAUUGAGCCAAUCAUUCUUCAAGGUAUUUUAUGAUAAAAUGCGGGACGCUCAACAAGAAAUUAAAUCGACAGUCAGCGUGAAUACUUCCGAUAUGGCUGCAAAAGCGCACGAAGAUAAACAGGAUGGCAAAGAUUCCGACAAGGGGUCGCGUAAAAGUGAUGCCAAAACGAAUGGUAUUGUAAUUAGUGAAGAACUGCGAGAAGAGUUGAAUAGGGCGGCGGAUUCAACGUCGCAAGCAUUUGCAAAUGUCCGUGCGUUAUCGGCCGGAGAAGACAACGGUUCGUUAACUGCAGGUGCAGCGUCGACUUUUGAAGAUAUGCUCGCCGAAAAAUUAGAAAAACAUCGCGAACGAGACGAAGAAAAUGUCCUUUCGGCGAAGAUUUUAAUUAUGCAACCUAUAUUGCGAUUUUUGCAGUUGUUGUGUGAAAAUCACAAUCCCGCGUUACAAAAUUUAUUACGUAAUCAAAAUAAUAAGACUAACUUCAAUCUAGUAUCAGAAACACUCAUGUUCCUCGAUUGCAUUUGCGGGUCGACAACAGGAGGAUUAGGUUUGUUGGGCUUGUACAUUAACGAAAAUAACGUGUCUUUAAUCAAUCAAACGCUGGAAACGCUAACAGAGUACUGCCAAGGUCCUUGUCAUGAAAAUCAGAAUUGUAUAGCAACUCACGAAUCAAACGGUUUAGAUAUCAUCACUGCUUUAAUUUUGAACGACAUUAAUCCACUAGGAAAAACCAGGAUGGAUUUGGUGCUCGAAUUAAAAAAUAAUGCCUCAAAAUUACUACUGGCGAUAAUGGAGAGUCGUGGUGAUAGUGAAAAUGCUGAACGCAUAUUGUAUAACAUGAAUCCUAAGCAACUAGUUGAUGUAGCUUGCAGGGCUUAUCACCAAGAAAUUUUAGAGGAAGAUGAUUUGGAUGACGACAGUAGUUCGGAUGACAAUGUCUCACCACGUGAAGUCGGUCACAACAUUUACAUUCUGUGCCAUCAACUAGCCCAACAUAAUAAAGAAUUAGCGGCGUUGCUUAAACUGACCGAGGGUACGGAUCCCGUAACUCUUCAAGCUCUGAAUUACUAUGCCACGCAUACUGCUCAAAUAGAAAUCGUAAGACACGAUCGCACCUUAGAGCAAAUCGUAUUUCCUAUCCCGGAAAUAUGCGAGUAUAUUACUAGUGAUACCAAACUGAAAGUUUUAAAUACUGCCGAACGAGACGACCAGGGUUCUAAAGUUACUGCCUUUUUUGAACGCACAGAAGAAAUGUUUAACGAAAUGAAGUGGCAGAAGAAAUUAAGAGCACAACCUUUAUUAUUUUGGGUUAGCAGUUACAUGUCGCUAUGGAGUAACAUAUUGUUCAAUUGUGCUGUGCUAAUAAAUUUAAUAGUAGCAUUCUUCUACCCCUUUGUUGACACAGUACCUGAGUUGGGGUCGACGAUAUCGCUGCUAAUUUGGGCCGCGAUGGUAGCGUCGGGCGCUAUAGUAUUAACACUUCCUAGAGAAACUGGCAUUAGAACGUUGGUGGCCUCUACAAUUUUGCGACUUAUAUUUUCAGUAGGUCCUGAACCGACGCUAUGGUUAUUGGGGACGCUUACAGUUUUUCUCAAAGGAAUUCAUCUAGUCAGUAUAAUGGGUAAUCAUGGUACCAUUACAAAAAGUUAUUAUCAAAUACUCACGGAUGUUGAAUUAUUAUAUCACGUUAUUUAUUUAAUAUUUUGUUUGCUUGGUAUGAUGAUGCAUCCGUUUUUUUAUUCCGUCUUGCUAUUUGACGUUGUGUACAGAGAAGAAACCUUGUUGAACGUUAUACGUUCUGUUACUAGGAACGGCCGCUCUAUUAUCUUAACUGCGGUAUUGGCCAUAAUUUUAGUCUACAUGUUCUCUAUCAUUGGAUACAUGUUCUUUAAGGACGAUUUUCUUGUUAGCGUUGACGAGGAAACACCAGGUAUAUCUCAUUGUGAAACUGUAUCUGAUACAGUGGGGUCGAAGUAUAAGGAAUUUGUCGACGAAUCCCAGCAAACUUGUAAUGCGAAUGAGGCUUCAGAAGCAUCGGAGGCUAAGGAAAGAGCGUGCGAUUCAUUGAUAAUGUGUAUUGUAACAACGUUAAAUCAAGGUUUGCGAAAUGGUGGUGGUAUCGGCGAUAUUUUACGUGCACCUAGCAGUUCGGAGGCGCUGUUUGUUGCACGAGUUGUUUACGAUCUCCUAUUCUUCUUCAUCGUUAUCAUCAUUAUUCUGAAUCUCAUUUUUGGUGUCAUCAUCGAUACCUUUGCGGAUCUCAGAUCAGAAAAGCAACAAAAAGAGCUUAUUCUGAAGAAUACCUGUUUCAUUUGUGGUCUAAACCGAUCUGCAUUUGACAACAAAACAGUCAGCUUCGAAGAACAUAUCAAGUGUGAACACAACAUGUGGCACUACCUCUAUUUUAUAGUUUUAAUAAAAGUAAAAGACCCUACUGAAUUUACUGGCCCAGAAAGUUACGUUUACGCAAUGGUUAAAGCGAGCAACUUGGAGUGGUUCCCACGUUUGUUGGCGAUGUCUUUGUCGGCCGUUGAAGGUGAUGCAGAGCAAAUAGAGUUACGUACGCUUCAAAUGCAAUUAGAAACAACUCAAGUCCUUGUGUCGACUUUAUCGCAACAAUUAAUGGAGCUAAAAGAUCAAAUGGCCGAGCAGAAGAAGCAAAAGCAGAGGAUGGGCUUGCUAAAUUCCGCAUCUUCAUUUUUACACACUUCUAACAUACCGUAACUGUGACUAGUUUCAAGUUGACCAGCUUGUAUUGAUAUCAGUUAGGGUUUUCAUUCCAUUUUCGGUUAGUUUGACUGUUUAUACUCUUCACCGUUAGAUUUAUGUACUUACACAACACCUUAAAUAAAUCUUUUGCGUUGUGACAAGGAUCACUAUCGAAAGUUCACUAGCAUAUUUGUGCCAAAAAGUCUCACUUUGCCAACAAAUAACUGGUUCUAUUAAUGUUACUAGAAUUAGUAUUCUUUUCAACCUUUUGGUAAGGAUAUUGUAGAAGUGAAUAAUUCUUAUGUGUUUAAAAGACAUUGUACAACCAUAAAUCUAAUACAACAAUUGUUAAAUAUUAUUUAAUAUUUUAUUGUUACAUGAAUUAGUUGCAAGUGUUUCGAGAUAAGUAGGUAUUAGCACUAUAUACGUAGACUUAAUUCGGUUUUUGGAUUGUUCAAUUCAAGGGAUAUGUUGUGUUAAAGGCUGUGACAAAUCACAAAUGUAUCAAUACUAAAAGGCCUUGAAAAGGUGGUACUUAGUUGUCUUAAAACUUCAGUGAAAUAAUGACUUGUGAUAGCAGUUCAUAUGCUCAACAAAUCUGUUAGUAAAUAUGUGUUAGAUCAUUUUGUGAUGCAUUGUUACUUUUAUGUGGUUUUAGGUCAAUAGUUGUGAAAGUCUGUACAAAGUUAUUUACCAAAUUAUAUCUUCUAAUGUUCA